CAAUCAACACAACUCCUAAAACCAAAAUCCCAAGCAAAAUAUACCAAAAUGGUCGGGAAAGUUCACAACGGGAAACAAAACCCACACGGCUCCUUCCAAGUCAAGAAAGGAAAGCCAAGUUUGGUCCAGCCAGCGCCGGCGGCGGAGAACGGUAAAGGAAAUCUUUACUUCCUCUCCAACGUCGACGACGACUUGACCAUCACCCGCACGCUCUACUGCUUCAAGUCCGGCGGCCCGGCAGCCGCAGAAGUGAUCAGGAACGCAUUGAGCAAGGUUCUUGUCCACUACUACCCUCUCGCCGGCCGGCUGGUCGUAUCGCCGGAGGGAAGGUUCGCAGUGAACUGCACCGGCGAAGGGGUUGUGUUCGUGGAGGCGGAGGCGGAUUGUACGUUGGAUGACGUGGAUUUCUCGAAGCCGGAUAAGGUUACACGUGGCAAGCUCGUUCUUUAUGACGUUCAAGGCGUAAGGAACAAAUUCGAGAUCCCUCUGAUGGCCCAGGUGACCAAGUUCGAGUGCGGAGGAUUCGUGCUAGGAAUCUCCUUCAAUCACGUACUCGUCGACGGCCAAGCCGCCGUGGAAUUCAUCGUCUCCUGGGCCGAAACCGCCAGAGGUCUGCCCAUCUCCGUCCCGCCAUUCCUCGACAGGACAAUCCUCCGAGCUCGAACCCCGCCGAAAAUCGAGUUCCACCACCCGGAAUUCAUCCCCAUCGAGGACAAAUCCUCAUCACCCGCCAUCAACAACGACAAAGACACAAUCUGCAAAUACAUCAAAUUCACCCCACAAAUAAUCCAAACCGCAAAAUCGAAAACAACCGGCCGAACCGGACCAACCACCACCCUAACCAAACCAUGCUCCACCUUCGAAGCCCUCGCGGCCUUCGUGUGGAGAGCCCGGACACGCGCGCUCGAGAUGGAGCCGGAUCAGCUGACGAGAAUCCUAUUGGUCGUCAACACACGUGGGAAAUUCGAGCCGCCUCUGCCGAAAGGGUAUUUUGGGAACGCGAUAAAGUUCGCCCCGGCGCACAGCCUGGCGGGGGAGCUGAUCGAGAAGCCGCUUUCCUAUGCGGUAGCGAGAAUUCAGGAGGCGGUUAGAAGCGUGAACGACGGGCUUUUGAGGUCGGCGAUCGAUUACCGCGAGGCGGCGAGAGAGAAGAAGCGGUUUAAUGGCUACGGCGUGAUAACGGUGUCGCAGUGGUCGAGUUUGUCGUUCUCUUCGACGGAUUUUGGGUGGGGGGAGCCGUUUCUGAGCGAGCCGGUGGAGACUGCACACACGAUUGUCGUUUUGGGGCAUCCGACGGAGAAAGGGAGCUUUAACGUGCUCGUUGCCCUGCCGGUUUCCGCGAUGGAGAGGUUCGAGGAAUUGGUGGAGGAGGAGCUCUGUGGAUAG